CCUUUUCGUUUGGUGGCAGCCAUCAGUGAGCCAAGAUGGGCGCCUACAAGUACAUCCAGGAGCUCUGGAGGAAGAAGCAGUCCAACGUGAUGCGAUUCCUCCUGCGAGUGUGCUGCUGGCAGUAUCGCCAGCUCUCGGCCCUGCACCGGACUCCGCGGCCCACUCAGCCGGAUAAGGCGCACAGGCUGGGCUAUAAGGCCAAGCAGGGUUAUGUCAUCUACCGCAUUCGGGUGCACCGUGGUGGUCGCAAACGGCAGGUGCCCAAGGGGGCGACCUAUGGCAAGCCCGUGCAUCAUGGUGUCAACCAGUUUAAAUUUGCCCGGAGCCUUCAGUCUGUGGCUGAAGAACGAGCUGGACGCCACUGCGGGGCUCUGAGAGUGCUGAAUUCUUACUGGGUUGGUGAAGAUUCCACAUACAAAUUCUUCGAGGUUAUCCUCAUCGAUCCAUUCCAUAAGGCUAUCAGAAGAAAUCCCGAUACCCAGUGGAUCACAAAGCCAGUCCACAAGCACAGGGAGAUGCGAGGGCUGACUUCUGCAGGCCGCAAGAGCCGUGGUCUUGGAAAGGGUCACAAGUUCCACACUAUCGGUGGCUCUCCUCGUGCAGCUUGGAGAAGGCGCAAUACUCUCCAGCUCCACCGUUACUGCUAAAAAGUAACAUUUGUAAAAGUCUAAUAAACAGUUUAGGACAGUCAUGUCUGCUUACAGGUGUUCUUUGUUAGUCUGCAGAUUAUUUCCUGAAUGCAUUGUCAAAUUAUGGAAGUUAAGUGCAAUAAUGUUUGAAGACUGUGAUUGGUGUAUCCAGUUUCCAGUAAGAUGAGUGCUUUUGACUUUGCUUAUCUUAUUAGAGAGGUAAUAUCUCCCUAUGUUAAAAUGUUUGGUAUAUUAGGUGUAAAAUAAAUUCUGUAAGAGGAGUGGAUUAAGUAGCCCUGUAGAUUUGUUGGUGCAUGUGAAUGAACCUACAGCUUUAUUAUAGGGAUGAUGCAGUGCUAGUUUAUUCGCAAGUGGCCUCUUUGGUUUCUUUUAAGUUAGAUUUUGCUAGGAAAUGUGGAGAAUAUCCUGGUUAUGUGCAAAAGAAAAGAAUUAACUGGGACUCA